AUAACAAUACACAAAAAGAAGGAAUAAAAUAAUAAGUAAGUAAGUAAUAAAUAUUGAGAACAUGAGAUGAAGAGUUCUUGAAAGUUAGUUCCAUAGAUUGUGGGAAUAGUUCAGUGAUGGGGCGAGUGAAGUUAUCUCCUUGAUUUUGAGAACUUGAUGGCUGAGGGGUAAUAAUUGUUCCCAAACCUGGUGGUGUGGGUCAUUGAUGAUUGAUGCUGCUUUCUAGUAAUAUAUAUUCUAGGUACAUGUAUAAAUAAGGUUUUUGCACAGUGCUGUAUUUGUCAGUGUGGAGUAGAGAGUGAGUUUGUAAACUUGCUGGGAGCAAAGGAUGUUGGGAAUGGAGAGGGUGGAGCGCCAUGGGAGGGGAGCAGGACAGGUGGCAGAGAAGGAGUGCUGGGGGUGGGUGCACCCAGCCUUGAGACACCAGGCAAGGUCAUUUGAUUUAUUGAUCAUUACAGACAUCUCGCUGGUGUUUUCCACUCCUUUCUCUUCUCCCUUCUCCCUUCCCCUUUUCCCAACCAUGACUCACUCUCCCUGCCCCCUUCCCACGCUCAGUCCACAAUAGAGACUCAUAUCAGAAUCAGUUAACAUUUGUUACGAAGUUAGUUUUAUUGUGGCAGUAGCACAUUGGAAUACAUAAGAUUGCUAUAGUACUGUGCAAACGUUUUAGACAGCCUAGCUAUUAAUCCCUGCCUGUAAAAGUGUCUAUCUAAAUUCUUCUACUAACUGCUAUUGUAUUUGCUUCUGCUUUUGGGGUAGCACAGUAAUGUAGCAGUUAGCUCAACGUUCAAUCUGGCUUCAAUUCUCACCACUGUGAAGAGUUUGUACAUUCUCUCCGUGACCACAUGGGUUUCCUUUGGGCGCUCUGUUUUCCUCCCACAUUCCAAAGGUGUACAGGUUAGAAGGUUAAUUAGACACAUGGAUAUAAUUGGGUUAGAAGGACCUGUUACCUUGCUGUAUCUCUAAAUUAAAUAUUCCACACACCUAAAUAAAAACAACUUUGUAAAUCUUCUGUAAUCUGUCUCCUGCUUACUUUAACCCCAACACUUUUAGUAUAGCAGGUCAUCCCCCAGCUUCUAAUACUCCAAAGAAAAUAGUCAGAAAUCGUCCCACCAUUCCUUAGGUAUUACACUCCAAUCCAUAAAACCAUAGAAGUCAAUCAUUUGUCUUAAUGAGCCUGUUCUGCCAUUUGAUCGUGUCUAAUUUAUUUUCUCUUUCAAUCCCAUUCUUCUGCCUUUUCUCCAUUACAUUUGCUGCCCUUACUAAUUAAGUACCCAGCAACGUUUACCUUUAAUUUCCCCAACAAUGUGGUCACCACUGCCAUCUGUGACAGUGAAUUCCACAGGUUCACCACCCGCUGGCUGAAGAAAUUCCUCAUCAUCUUUGCUCUAGGCCCUAGGAUAUCCUUCUAUUCUGAGGCCGUGCCCUUGACCUUGGACUCUCACUAUUGGAACCAUUCUAGCCACUCUAUCUAGGCCUUUCAAAAUCCAGUAGGCUUCAAUAAGGUCCUCCAGAUCGAGGCAAAUCUGGCGCCUCAUCUCCAUGGAGCUUCAUCUGCACCCUCUCCAAAGCCUCCAGAUCCUUCCUGUGGUGUGACCAGGACUGCACACAGUACUCCCGUGUACAGCCUAAGCAAAGUUGUAUGUACCUUGACUUCCUGGCUUUUACAUUCAAUGUCCCAACCAAGGAAGGUCACAUUUGUGGAGCUAUAGUCCCACGGUAUUUCAGUGCUCCUAAGGCCUGGUAUUUAUUUUUAUUUAUUGAAAUACAGCGUGGAAUAGGCCCUUCUGGCCCUUUGAGCCACAGGACCCAGCAAUUCCUGGAACUACUCUUGGCCUAAUCACGGGACAAUUUACAAUGACCAUUUAAUCUAUCAUAUGGUGGGUCUUUGGACUGCGGGAGGAAACCAGAGCACCCGGAAGAAACCCACAGGGAGAAUGUACAAAAACUCCUUACGGGCAGCGGCAGGAAUUGAACCAGUUGUCUGUACUGUAGAGUGUUGUGCUAACCACUACACUAGUCUGCCAACCCACUCUAUACUUGCAGUUGACAUCCAAAAUGCAACACCUCAACCUUGUCCAAAUGAAUCUCAAUUUGCCAUGUUACCAGCUGAUCUGUAUCCUUUAACAAACUCUCUCAUUGUACAUAACUCCAACAUUUAUGCAUCAUCUGCAAGCUUUCCAAUCGGACCACCUGUGGUUUCGUCCAAGCGACGUAAUCCUGUGUGCAGCACUAAUCCUUGCAAAACUGUUCGUAGACCUCCAGUCGGGAAAACAGCUCACACCACUCUGUUCUCGUGUCACUUUAAGGACAUUCAGUUAAAUUGGGUAUAUCAGUUAUCUUACAUAUUUAUUGUGUUUUUUUUUUAUUAUUGUGCUUUUUAUCUAAUUAAGUUUUUAUUUGUGCUGCAUUGGAUCUGGAGUAACAACUAUUUUGAUCUCCUCUACACUUGUGUACUUUUGACCAAACCAAUUUUGGAUUAGUUUCACCAACCCAAUGUGGGUCCCAUGUAACUUAAUCUUCUGAACCAGCCUACCAUUGGGAACCUAGUCAAAUGUUUUACUGAAGUCUCUGCGGACAACAUCCACUGCCCUACCCUCAUCAAUUAUCUUUAUUACUUCCUUUAAAAAAAAAUCUCCAAUCAAAUUAGUGAGGUAGGAUUGUUCCCUGGAGCAUAGAAUGAGGGAGAUUUGAUAGAGGUAUGCAACAUUCUGAGGGGAACAGAUCAGGUAAAUGAAAGCAGGGGUUUUCCAUGGAGCUUGGGUGAGAUGAGAACUAGAGGUCAUGGGUUAAGGGUGAAAGAUGAAAUAGUUUAGGGGAACCUGAGGGACAUCCUCAUCGCUCAGAGGGUGGUGAGAGUGUGGAAUGAACUGCCAGCAGAAGUGGUGGAUGUGGGUUUGAUUUCAGCAUUUAAGGGAAGUUUGAAUGAGUGCAUGGAUGGGAAGGCUAUGAUCCAGGUAUGGGUCAAUGGAACUAGACAGAAUAAUAAUAUGGCACAAACUAGAUGGGCUGAAGGGCCUGAAUCUGUGCUGUGCUAUGGUUCUGGGAUCUUCCCUGCAGAGCAACCUUAAUUAGUUCAUCCUCUGCCAAAUGUAAGUAAAUCCUCUUGUAAGAAUCUACUCCAAUAAUUUCCCACCACCAAUGUACAGUGGUUUCUUAAACUUAUUUUUAAAGGAAACUUUAUCAAAGGAAAUCCAUCAGCUAUUCUCCACUUUUCCAGCACCUCACAGAUGCCUAAAGAGGAUACAAAGAUGCCUCAAUAAAUUUCUACCUUGCCUCUUUAAGUUGUCCAGGUAAAGAUACCUCCUUAGCUCUGUUCUAAAGGGUCAUCCCUCAAAUUUGAGACUGUGCCCUCUAGUUUUGGAUAUGCCCUCCAUAGGACACAUUUCUCCAUAUCCAUCCUAUCUAGUCCUUUCAACAUUCAGCAGGACUCAGUGAGAUUCUCCCUGCAUUUUCUAAAUUCCAGUGAGUUCAGGCCCAAAGCUGCCAAAUGCUGCUCAUAUGUUAACCCAUUUAUUCCUGAAACAUCCUCAUGAACCUCCUCUGGACUCUCUCCAAUGCAUACACAUCUUUUCUGAAAUAUAGGGUCCAGAACUGUUGACAAUACUCCAAGCAUGGCCUGACUAGAGUCUUAUAAAGGCCCAGCAUUAUCUCCUUGCUUUUAUAUUCUGUUCUCCUUGAAAUAAAUGUCAGCAUUGCAUUUACCUUCUUUACCACAGACUCAACCUGUAAAUUACCCUUCUGGGAGUCUUGCACAAGGACUCCUAAGUCCCUCUGCACCUCUGAUGUUUGAACCUUCUCCCCAUUUAGAUAAUUGUCUGCACCAUUGUUCCUUUUAUGAUGCACUGGCGAAGACCCUGUGCGGAAAUCAUACUGCUGAAUCCGGGUCCUUAAGAACCCCCAACUCCUCUUUGCUCAGCCUGGAGCCUGAGGUCACCAGGCACACCAAGACAAUAUAACAAUGCCAAUGAAGGAUUGCAGGACAGACGUCAAAUAUAGGAUAGUUAAUCUUACCAAUUCUGGGCAUUGUUGACAUUUAUUGUGUAGAUUUUAUUGGUUAUUAACACCUAAAAAUGUAUGGAUUUUUAGUUAAAUACAAAGAUAAUGGGAUUCAGAAUCUCUUUUGGAUCAAUAUCUGUUUAAAAUAUUGAUAAUGUUAACUAAAAUUUCAGAACAUGUUGGUGAUGGGAUUUGAACUGUUCCCCUUGUGCACAAAUAAAUGCAGAGAGAUUGAGAAAUGCAAACAAGUUGUCUGAGUUCAUUUAAUCAGUGACGACAACACCAACACUGCCAUCUCCGUGAUAAGGAUAUUCCCUAGAUUAUGAACUUAACCCACUUCAACAACACACAUAAAGUGUUGGAGGAAUUCAGUAAGUCAGGCAGCAUCUGUAGAAGGGAAUAAACAGUCAAUGUUUUGGUCCUAGACCUUUCAUCAGGAUUGAUGGCCCUUUUAAACUCACCAUUGUCACCUAUGCUCUUCCUCUUGGUGCUUGCCAAUGUCAAGUACUCAUCAAAGACCUUAUCCACUCUUUGUUCACCAAGUCUGGAGGUUAGUUCGCAAACGUUUCGUUGUCAGUCGAGGUGGCAUCAUCAGUGCGCAACUGAGCAUUGUUUCUGCCACGUGCUCGCAUUUAUAUUGGCCUGAUUCAUUGUUCUGAUGGGUUGGCUGUCGUGCAGGCUGCUAGUCUCUGCUGCAUUCCGGCCAACCGGGUAGCUGAUGAUCUCCGCUGGCCCAUAACUCUGGUUAUUAAUUGUUGUGAGUGUUGUUUAAUCAGGUGUCUGUGGCUCAUCCAUCGGCCCCAAUACCACUGACACAUAGGUUCGUAAAUUGCAUCCAGUUCUUCAUGCUUGUUAAUAGUCUUCUGCUGAGAACCAAGCUUCUAAGAAGGGGCGAGCAAUAGACACCUGGGGAACCCACACUCAGAGUGAGCGAUAACCAGGGAACCUGUUGUGUACUUGCCUAGUCCGACUGUCUGGGUGCAAUUGGUAAGAAAGCCUAGAAUCCAGCUGCGGACUGGUGUAUCCAGUCCCAGAUUCUGCAGCUUAAUGGUCAACAUUUCUCGCGGGCAUUCACAACAGAGCAAAGAAAUGUAAUAGAAUCAGUGAAAAACUGCAUGCACAGAGUCUGACAAACAACCAAUGUACCAAAAAAAAGACAAAUUGUGCAAUGCAGAAAAAUAGAGUAAAUAAUACUGAGAACACGAUGCAUAGAGUCCUUGAAAAUGAGUCCAAAGGUUGUGCUCAGAUCAGUCCGGUGUUGAAAUGAGUGAAGUUAUCCACAGUGGUUCAGAAGCCUGAUGGUUAAGGGGUAGUAAUUUAUCUAAUCUUAUCAUGUGUACACCUUGUGUGGAUUUUUGUAUCUCAAAAAUGUAGCUAAUCUGUAUAAAUUUCUUGUCUAGACUUCAACUAGAGGAAAACAAGAUGAAUGAAAGAAAGGAAUUCAUCACGGUGUGGGUACGUGACCCGAGAGUCCAGAAGGAAGAUUCCUGGCAGUCCUUCGUAGAUUAUGAAAUCUGUGUUCAUACUAAUAGUAUGUGUUUUACAAAGAAGACAUCCUGUGUCAGAAGACGUUAUAAGGAAUUUGCUUGGCUUAGGCAACGACUACAAGACAAUGCAGUGUUGAUAAGUUUACCAGAGAUUCCUCCGAAGAUCCCCUUUUUUAGUGGCAGUAACAGCCAGCUUGUGGAGCAGCGUCGACAAGGACUUCAGGAAUUUCUAGAGAAAGUGUUACAGAGCAACAUCCUCCUUUCGGACAGUAGAUUGCAUCUCUUCUUGCAGACGCAGCUCAGCACCACGGAGAUUGAGGCCUGUGUCUCAGGCCAGACUGACUACACGGUUACCGAUGCCGUUCAUAAGCACGCGUCAUCCAGCCGAAGGUUCCCUGCCGAAGAAGCAUAGAGAGCAAAUGUCUAUUUAGAUUUAAGUUGAAAGGUUUUUAAUCCAACUGCAUUUUUCAACAGAAGCAUUGUUAAUUGACCUCAUUGUUAUAGAGCUGUGGCAGCUCGUCAUAGAAAGCUGCUCACACCUACACACAGUUAAUGAAUGCAGUGAAAAUUCAAUUAUCUGUAUUCUGAUUAUCUGAAUUUCAUUUUGUUAGACUUGGGUUAUUUCCUUUUAAAUUAUCUAGCAAAAAAUAUCAGACUCUACUGCAAACACCUAAUUAAAAGACCAAAUUUCCUGUCUCUCUGAGACUGGAGAUAAUUAAGGUUCUCCUCUGUUACUCAGGCUUUAACUGUGUUGUAGAGACCAAUUUCCUCUUUAUUAUUUUAUUUUCAUCAGCACUUCAUCCUCGGGGCUUGGAACUGGCAGUAGUGACAACAAUGUGAAGUCGUAAAAGAUGAAAAUUGCAAGGAUCUGUUUUUUUUUGUGUGGCUCAUUUUCUGUUUGGGGCAUGUGUUCCAAAUCUGCAGUCUAGACUGUUGUUCUCCAAAUCUAAAUCAUCCAAAUAGACCUCAUUUGCAAAAGAAAUUUGUGGAAGCUUGUAGCCUGAUGCACUGGGUUUUUUUCUGUGUGCAGAUAGUGAAGUCUGAGCCAAUUGUACUUUUUAAAAUUGCAGUUCUGAAAUGAAGAGGGAAGAAAAGCCUUAGGAAAUUUGGUCGUCUUUUUAUUUUGCAGGACAGGUUUAGUUGUAGAAAGCACCAAAAAUAAAUGACUGUAAUGAAUUAGAGAGAAAUCUGAGUAUAACUGAAAUCCUAAAAUACAGAAAAUAUUUUCAUAUGUACGCGUGCGUGUGUGUAUACAUAUAUACACACAUGAUAUCUUCAUACCCUAUUUUUUUCUGAACAGAGCUCAAACAUGAGUUAGUUAACUGCACCAUGUGUGAGUUUGUAUUCCACAUUCUAUUAAUGGCAAUCCCAAAGUUCCUAUGGUUGGUUUUUAAUACAAGGGCUGUUGGAGGAAAAUAUUGUUGUUGCACAUGGGCAAUGCCAUUCAGUCAAUCAUAAAUCACUCACGGAUUAAUUUAUGGAAAUUAAUCAUUCAGUGUCUUGAUUUAAUAACUUAUUUGCUAUGCAAACUAUUGCUUUCAGUCCAUGAUUUUGUGCUGUAUAUGAUUAAGAUAGCAAAACUCACUGUGGAGGAGAAAUAAAUGUAGCAUUCUUCCUGGUGUUGCUUUUCUGCUCCAUUGAAGCAAUUUAUAUAUUUUUUGAAAUCCAAGCUUUUUUUUAAAAAAUCGUUUAGUGUUACAGCAUUAAUUAGGGCACUGUUGGUUUACUGCACUUCUGUUGAAUUUUAUCCUGAAGAUUAAAUUGGCAUUGUACUUGACAAGGUGGAAAAUUGACCGUUUGAUUUAGUGAUCAGAGCAAUGUUGUAUUUAACUGUUUAUGAGGAACUUUAGCUGGGAUUACCUGGUUUGGCUCUGUUCUGAAAGCAUUCCUUUGCUUCUUGCAAAAUUUGUUUUGGCCAUCGAGUUGCUAAGUAUCCUAGGCAGGGGCUCCUAACCUGGGGUCCACAGACCCCUUGGUUAAUAUAGGGGUCCAUAGUAUAAAAAAAGGUUGGGAACCCCUACCCUACGGUCACAUCAUAAUUCAGUUUUUCUCCUGACUAGGAUGGUAGCAUCUCUAGGUAAAGGAAUAUUGGCCUUGCUGCUUAUUACUAUCUUGCUUGAAGUGCAUGUGUGUUUGCACUGUUCUAAUUACCCAUCAGACAAAAACCAACAAAAUAAAUAACUGGUUUCCAUGCUUCAUGUGAAAAUGGGCACUUGGCUGAGAUAACAACUGAGUGAGCACCACUUAUGGAACCUUGUCACAGCAGGGAGUUUAUCUUUACCGAGUGGAGAAAGUUGUAUCACAAAUUAGUUUUAAUAAAAAAACCAGUAAUUUCUUAUUUUAGGUUAUGUUGUGCCCAAAAUGUUAUACUACAUUUUAUUUUUUCCUGUCUUUUGAUUGUGUAUCUUAAAGCUAACUUGUGGUUUAUGAAUUUUCAUUUAUGAAGCCAUAGCUUCCCAAUUCUUUAAUUGCCCAGGGGAUGGGGUACUUUGGUUUUCUUUCGCAUCCUGAAGGAAAUUGACAUGUUCGAGGGGAAACCUGUUACUACCCAGUUUAUAUUGCGAUUUUGAAUCCUCCAUAUUGCAGUAAACUGGCUCUGAAAUGCUCUUCAUAUGUAUCCUGACCUGUUCAGUAUUUACAGUUUUUCAUUUUUUAAUAAACUGAAAUUGAGGUCUCUCAUUACUAAGGGGAACACCUUAUUAAAGUGUAUAAUUAUAUCAUUAUUAGACUCUUUGGUAUUGGGAUUUGGUACUUUUUGAAUAUAUAGUUGUUAAUUAUUAUGUAGCCUGCUGCGGUGUGAGAACUGACUGUUCCAACAGGGUUAGUUUUGCAGUAAGUGGGAGAAUGAAUAAGUGCCGGAACUGUACUAGAUGUCUGGAAUGCUGCACUUCGUUUAGAACAAAAGUGUUGUCCUUUAAUAUCAAUGUUUAUGGAACUGUGCAAUACUACACUUUAUAAUAAAUUAAUCAAAUGCA